AUGAAAUCAUUUUUUGAUCCUGUUAUAAAUAGAAUUAUUAGAUUGAUAGACAAACAAUUAGAAAAUGUAGAAGAAUGUUCUGCAAUGUUCUUGGUUGGUGGAUUCAGUGAAUCGAGAUAUUUACAAAAUGUAAUCAAAAAAGAAUUUCAUGAUCGAGUCAAGAAUAUUUCCGUGCCUCGUCAUCCUAUGAUAGCUGUUGUUAAAGGUGCAGUGGAAUAUGGUUUGAAUAUGAAGUGUGUUAAAAAUAGAGUGUUGAAAAAAACUUAUGGUGUCAAAAUGUUCAAAGGUGAUUUGUUAACUGUAUUUUUAACCGAGGUCAUACUUGAUACGAAAAUUCCGAAUUUUCAUACUCUUGUAACCCGUGGUACUAAAGUUGACGUCGACGAAGAAUUCUCUGUUAUUGGUACACCAUUACAUCCUAAUUCGAAAACCGUGUCUAUUGAAAUUUUUGAAACAUUAAGUUGUGCUCCUAAAUUUUUUGAUGAACCUGGAAUGAGACAAUUAGGAAAAAUAAGUGCAUCCAUGUAA